AUGGAUCCAGGUUCAACAUUUUCAUACGUGACUCCAUACUUUGCAAUUAACCUCGGGCUAGAACCUGAACAACUUAGUGAGCCAUUCCUAGUAUCUACUCCAAUUGAAUUAAAUCCACCAGCUCUUCAGUCUGUGCCAAUUGUUAGAGAAUUUCUAGAAGUUUUCCCAGAUGACCUUUUCGGAUUUCCUCCUGAAAGAAUCAUAGGCUUUGGCAUUGAUCUCAUGCUAGGCACUCAGCCCAUAUCUAUACCUCCUUAUAGGAUGGCUCCAACAGAACUUAAUGAGCUGAGAGAACAGUUGAAAGAUCUCCUUGACAAGGGCUUCAUCAGGCCGAGUGUUUCACCGUGGGGUGCCUCGGUCCUAUUUGUCAAGAAGAAAGAUGGGUCUCAUAGAAU